AUGUCCCACCCACCCGCCCUCGACCUCGACACCAAGAAAGCUACAGAGCUCAUCAGCCUGCUUACAGAUGGGCUGGUGAGUAUCGAGGAUGUCGAUGGCACAUUUCUCUUGAAGCUGGAGGAUGGUACUCUGGUUGAUACGAAGGGCUGGGAGCAUCCUGUUGCUUUUUCGUGGGAGUGGACGCACGGUAUCGCCCUCACCGCCCUCUGCCAUCACUCAGCCAUCGACUCCUCCUCCCCCGCAUCCAAAAAAUCCCUCCAAGUCGCCCUCGACUGGUUCGAAUCCCAAUGGAAACGAACCAACGGCAAAGGCGCGCCCAAAAACAUCAACACCAUGUCCCCCUUCUACUCUCUCGCCUGUUUCGUCGAAGACGGCAGGAUGGCGGACAACAAGUGGGAUGGGCAGAUCCACGAGUGGGCUGAAUGGAUCGCGAAUGGCGGAUUGAAAAGGACGGAAGACAAUGGGUUCCAGCACAUGACGUAUAUAGCCGACCACUCCCAGCAAAUGUGGGACGACACCCUCAUGAUGUCCGCCAUCCCCCUCGCCAAAAUCGGUGUCCUCUACAAGCGCCAAGACUACAUCGACGAAGCGCUCUACCAAUUCCUCAUCCAUAUCCGAUACCUCGCCGACCCCAAAACCGGGCUAUGGUACCACGGCUGGCAAUUCACCCCCAACUCCUCCUCCGACGGUCACAACUUUGCCAACGCUCUCUGGGCACGGGGCAACUGCUGGAUCACUGUCGCUAUCCCCAUGCUGCUCGACAUCCUCGGCGACCGCCUCCCGGCUUCUCACCCGACGUACAAGUACCUCGUGAGCGUGUGGAAGCGCCAAGUCGACGCUUUGGUCAAGCUUCAGGAUGGGAAGACGGGGUUGUGGCAUACGUUGUUGAUGGACCCUACUAGUUAUGUGGAGACGAGCGCGAGUGCGGGGUUCGUAGCUGGUAUCUACAUGGGUAUAAGACAAGGCCUCCUCGCCCACCCCUCAUACCGCCAAACAGCCGACACCGCCCUCUCCGGCAUCAUCGCCCAGAUCCAGCCCGACGGCCAAGUCGACAAUGUCUCCUUCGGCACGGGCAUGGGCCCGGACCUACAGUUCUACAAGGAUAUUCCUAUUACACCGAUGCCGUAUGGUCAGGCCCUGGCUAUGCAUGCGUUGGUGGAGUGGGAGAGGUUGCAGGGCGUGAAGUAG